UGCAUCCAUUGUGACGUCUGAGUUUAAUAACUGUGACCUUUUUGGUUUUCUUUGGAGUUAUUUGUCAUUUGAUUUGAAUUACGUUUAUUUUUUGUUUGUGUUUUGUCGUCUUUCUUGUCCUGUCUUUUGGGCUGACGUAAUUAUCUGAUGUCAGAAGAUGACGCAUUUGUAGACAAACUUCCCAGCUUUGAGAGACGGGCAGACAUGCCAGCAGAGACAGACCAGCCCUCCCUCGUGUGGUUUGACAGAGGCAAGUUUUAUUUAACCUUUGAAGGCUGUUCUCGAGGGCCCAGUCCCCUCACCAUGGGGGCCCAGGACACACUGCCUGUGGCUGCAGCUUUCACAGAGACAGUCAGUGCCUACUUCAAAGGAGCUGACCCCGAUAAGUAUGUGACAAUAUUCACAUCUCAGAUUCAGAACCAU